GGCGCAGUGCUGCGCCAGUGUUCCUGUCAGUGGGUGGUGUUAGCAGCUCAUGUGACUGCGGUCGACCUACAUGAGACCGACAGUGCUUUUGGGUCUGGUGGGGAGCAGGGGAGUACUGAGAAGCAUGUGUGCUCAGGUGGGAGACUGGCAGAGUGCCAAGACAAUAUACGAGUUCUCUGCCAAGGAUAUUGAUGGCAGCGAGGUUUCUCUUGAGAAAUACAAAGGGUAUGUAUGCAUCAUCGUAAAUGUAGCCUCUAAAUGAGGAAAGACCAAGGUAAACUACACUCAGCUAGCGGGAAUGCACGCCUCCUAUGCUGAGCAAGGUUUACGCAUCUUGGGCUUCCCAUGCAACCAGUUUGGAGGGCAGGAACCAGGGACUGAUGCAGAGAUUAAAGAGUUUGCCAAAGGUUACAAUGCAGAAUUUGACCUCUUCAGUAAGAUUGAUGUGAAUGGAGACAACGCUCACCCUCUCUGGAAGUGGAUGAAGGCACAGCCCAAAGGCAAAGGACUCCUGGGAAAUAAUAUUAAAUGGAACUUCACAAAGUUUCUGAUAAGUAGAGAAGGACAAGUGGUGAAGAGAUACGGCCCAACAGAUGAUCCCGUCGUGGUGGAGAAGGACCUGCCUACGUACCUGUAAUACUACAUCUCAUAUGUGUUCACUUGACACCAUAUCCUCACCCAUGGAUUUCAUGAUAUUGGUGUGUGUGUUUAUCUGGGCCAGUGACGGUCUGCCCAUAAACCCUUCAUUGGGGAGAGCAGGCCUGAUUAUCCCCCAGCGUGCAACUAACCUCCAGAACACACCCACACCAAACCCAGAAGACCAUGUGAGAGGAACUUCACAUCUUGAUGCAAACAGCCAUUCCUUUUUCUAAUAAAAAUACCAUAGAGUCCUUUCUGAAUGUUAAGUGACAAAUUUGUUCAUGUGUGAACAGUCAGUUUGUCAGUUUUAUGUAAGAACAUGCUGUAAGAUGCCAUACAUUUGACACAUUUCUGAAAAGCUACUGAUGUUAUUUGUGCUUAACUUACUGAAGGGCCCAUAAUUGUAUUUGUAACGCAUGGCUUGUCAUGUGAUGAAAUUGGAAAGUGCUCUCCUGGACUUUAAUUUGUCACUUUACAUGCACUUAUUAAAUAGUAAUACUCA